CGUUUCGUUAGAAGAUUGUUUUCAAAUUGGGUGAUUCAAUCUUAUUAUGCAUUCCUAAUCAGAACACGAUUGGUUAUAUUAUCAUCCGGCAAAACGUUUAUUUUCCAUAUUAUUAUACUUGUGUAAAUUGCAUUGUCUGUUAGACUGCGAAAUAAUUUAAGAGCAAAAACCCUGUAGGAUUGAGCGAUUGAAGCGCAAAGCUCUAUUCGAUAUUUAGCCGGAUCUGUAGCAAAAAUAUACAAUGGCUGAAUCGGGCAUUGAAACAGCAGCUGCCCCGGAUUGGUUGGUCAAGUUGGAAAGUAGACGGGAACAGAUUAGAGGCAGACUGGGUCAUGAAAGCGGAAAUGGCGCUCCUUGCAUUGUUUGUGAAAACAAGUGCCCCGGGCUGGAUUUACACUUUUGGCGUAAGGUUUGUCGCAACUGUAAAUGUCGCAAGGAACAACACGACUGUAAAGAUGAGGACGUCACGGGAUGGGCUCAGUUUGAAAUUCUGGGAGCAAUCAGAUCCAAGCCUGCCUACAUAAAAAUUUCGGAAUUUACCGAUAAACCUGUUCAGCUAGACUGGAUACCUCCUAAUGUGACACCGGAGCUGGCCUCGGAUUACAUGUCGAAAUUAGGACAACAAAAUAUACCAAUUGCGGGUAGUGACGCAGCCGAAAAACGCAAACAGCAACUUGAAUAUCAAGUUCCACCGCAUGAUCUUGAUGCAAGUCUUUGUCACAACCUAUCGGAAAGUGAGGCUUUGCAAUUAGUACAGUAUGUGGAAACGAUCAAGAAGAAUUGCGUAGGACAAGGAAGUGUUGUCAGGGUUGGAGAUAAUAUAAACUAUUUGUCAUCGUCUUCCAAACACCCAGCCAUGCCUUCUCUAGCUCAAACAUCGAACGAUAAAAUUAUGCAGUUAAUGACUUCCGAACCAAUGAAAGAACUGUUAACUGAAGAUAUACCUGUCAACGGAAAUACCAUUUGCAUUCAAAAGCAACAGAUGACUGCAGAUUUCAAUGAUAGUCCUUACCUAUCAGAUAAAAUCAAAUACAAAUUAAAACUGAUGAAAAUUAAUUCGGAAGCGAUUGUAAGUGCUGUUAGAAACGGACCAGAAAUCGAUAAGAUUUUGAAUGGAUUAAAGAGUAAAGGUGUACAAUUCCAAAACGUUUGUAAUUUACUUGACCCGUUGGAUCGUUUUAGACAAGAAUAUAUUAGUAACCCAAAAUUCCAUGCCGAGAUUGACAAAUAUGUUGCCACGCUGUCUCCAUCUCGAAUAGGCACUCUAACGCAGCAUAGAGAAAAUCUGUUCAAUUCACCAGUAGUGCCACGGAAUUUCGUACGACAUGAUACGUUACAACAUCAGGAAACACCUGUCAGAAAGUUGAAGUUCAAUCAGAAAACAACUCAACCUUUUUCUCGGGAAUGCCGAACUGCUAUGAAAAAAGACAAAGUACUGGCAGAUAUUCUCAGUUCAGAGCCACUAAAGACCGCCCUCAUGGAUCCUGUGAGUGGAUCAGAUCUGAUUAUCUCACGUGAUCCUUUGUUUCCAGAUUUCAUUAGCAGUCCUUUUCUAUCACCAUCAACAAAAGAGAAGCUUGAAAGAAUGAAAAUCAAUACGCAGAUGAUUCAGAGUGCAGUUCUCCAUGGGCCUAUCUACGAUGAGUUGCUUUCAAAAUUGGAAAACUCAGGAGUUAACUAUGCACAAGACUCCAUACUACAACCCAUCAAUGAAUUCAGAGAUGAACUUAUCAGUUAUGAUAGUGACAAUGAUUUCCAGAAGGAAAUCGUAGACUUCGUGAAGAACUCAGAUCUUUCCGGGUUUGACAUAACAGCAGCACAAGUGCCGCAGAUAAAUGAAAACAGAAAACUUGCCCAAAAUUCCAACAAAUUACUUGCUGGGAUUCUGGCAAAUCCAACGGUUCAAGAUGCAUUAAAUUCAAAAUAUCAACCAGGUAGCGUUAUGAAAACAUCGAACACUCCUUUGGUUGGUGCUAUCGAGUCUCAAAAACUAUCUCAACCAACAAUAGAGAUGUUAAAUGAAAUGAAUAUUGACGCAACAGCUCUGGAAAGUGCGAUUGUUUGUGGUCCUAUUUAUGAUAAACUAUACAAUCAGUUAUACAAAAAUCGUAUCAAUUUCGCUAGCGAUUCCGUCCUAGGUCCGAUCGCGCAAUUACGGAGCGAAUAUCUCAAUAAUGAUAGUUUCCGGAAAGAAUUGAAUCGAUACAUUUUACAUCCACAGACGAGCCUUUUUGAACCAGCAACGAUAGAGGAAAUCACUCCAGCAGAGUGCGGUUUGGCUGAACAACUAUCAGUUAUACAUAUUUCCCACAGUGAUGAUUCUGGUUUCGGUUCAGUUCCUCCCACGCCAAACUACCUUACUUAUCCGGGAAUUGCUAGCCCUUCAGACAAUAUUGACAUCAAUGCCAGAGAUGGCGUGUUUUCGACUAUUCCUGCAAUUCAGGAUAUGAAUAUGUAUCCAGAAAUAAGCCCUAGCCGGUUCGAAACUAGAACAGCGUCAAAUCUUAUUGAUAAUCCUUUCCACUCACACGAUAAGAACUACACAGUGCCAACAAAAGCACCAGAAACAAUAGUCUGUUACGGGUGUCAACAAAACAUUACAUUUGGCGAAGUAGCUGUUAGAGCGGAACGGGCAGGAAAAAGUGCGGCUUGGCAUCCACAGUGCUUCAAAUGUCAUAAAUGUAAAGAAUUGCUUGCAGAUUUGGUUUAUUUCUUUCACGGUGGUAAUGUAUAUUGUGCUCGCGAUUUAGCAAACAUACUGAAAAUCCCACGGUGCUCAGCUUGUGAUGAAUUGAUAUUUACUAAGGAAUACACAGCCGCUGAAGGAGCAACUUUUCAUAUAAAGCAUUUUUGCUGUUAUCAUUGCGAUGCUGCACUUGCAGGAAAACAAUACGUUCCAGAUGAGAAAUCUAACAUGCCGCUUUGUUUGACUUGCUAUGAUACAUAUUUUGCAAAAUCGUGCCAUUUCUGUCGCGGAAAUAUUGGCCCGGCCGAACAAGGUGUCGCGUGGGGAAACAUUCAUUGGCAUGGAUCGUGCUUUCUAUGCAGUGGUAAAGGAUGUGGAAAGUCACUUAUUGGUGGACGAUUCUGCGUCAAAAACGAAAUGCCUUUUUGUAGUCCACAGUGCUUAAAAAGUAUUAUACACUAAUCAGAUGAAAUAUUUUGAUAUACAUAUUUUAAAUAUUUAUACAUUACACAGAUUCCGCAAGUGUAAUUUUUUAUAUUGAUGUGCCAGCAAAUAUACGAUUACGAUUUCUAUACAUAUAUAUUUUUUAAGAUUUUCAAAUUGCGCCAGAUAACGAAAAAUAUAUUUAAUGUGUAUUUAUACAUA